AGUUUGGGAGGACGCCAGUGUGCAAUUAGAAUGGUACUCGUGUCGUCGGCGGACUUUCUGCCCCAGCUCGCCAGUCUCUUCCAGACGUCGCUUCCCGGCGGCAGCGGCGCCGUGACGAUCCGGACCAAGAGCGUCGCGUCCGCCAAGGUCGGCAAGCUGGUGCGGGCCGACGCAGUCGCCGCGGGCCCUAACGUCUACCUCGUUCGCGCCUACAAGAACGGCAACAACAAGCACAAGGCCAAGCUUUCGACCGUCGUGCCGCCAGCGACCCAUGCUGCAUUCCAGGCCGAGCUCGCCAAGGUCAUGAAGGCCAAGAUGCAAGGGCUCAAGAAGCCCAAGCGACACGCCAGCCAAAACUAGAUGCUAUUCAAUGCUGUUGUUUCUGCCGCUGCUGCUCUGCUUUAUAACAACGACCUUGCUUCGAGCGCAGCGAACA